AUGGACUUGAUACCUGAUAGCUCAGACUUAUGUCUUGUUUCUGAUAGACAUCAAAGUAUUGAACAUGCAGUUCAUCGUGUUUAUGUUAUGGCUUCUCAUGGGGCAUGUUAUUGGCAUGUAAAGCAAAAUAUAAAAUACCGUUUCAAAAGUGCUGCUAGGACUAAAUUGUAUAAGAAAGCUGCAAUAGCAUACCGUAUCAAAGAGUUUAAUAAACACUUCGACCAACUUCGCAAAACAUAUCCACGUGUCGCUAAGUAUCUUGAGAAUGAUGUCGAGUUCAGAAAGUGGUCUAGAGCACAUUUUGUUGGUAACCGAUAUGAAGUCAUGACCACUAACAUAGUUGAGUCAGUGAACAAUAAGAUGCGAAAGGCCAGAGAGUAUCCAAUUAUUACUAUGAUUAAUUUUAUCAUUAGCACGAUGGGACAAUGGUUUUUUGAACAUCGACGAGAAGCAUGUGUAGUUACAACUCCAUUAACACCAAAGAGGGAAGAAAUAUUACACAAGAGAUGGGAUGAAGCCGGUUCAUUGAUAACUCUCCAGUUAAAUGAGAAUGAGUACAAUGUGAUGUGUGGAGAACUCGAUGCAAUAGUAAAUUUAAGGUCAAAGAGUUGCACGUGCAAAGUUUUUGAUAUUGAGAAACUUCCAUGUAUCCAUGCAAUAGCAGCAGCACGAAAGGCACAAUCCCAAAAUAUUGGGGAACUCAUAUAUUCUAUGGGUUCACAGUACUACACAUCAGACUAUUGGUUGUUAGCAUAUGCUGAAACUAUUUAUCCUGUACCUCCAAACUCACAAUGGACUGACAUUCCUGACAUUCCGCCACUGAUUCCUGAAGAUAUUCUUGCAAUACAAGUGAUAGAACCUCCUGAAGACAAGACUAUAGGAAGACCAAGAACCAAUCGCAUACCUUCCAAAGGUGAAUUUCUUAAGAAACAAUAUAAUUGUGGAGCAUGUGGACAGUCAGGACAUAAUUCGCAAACAUGUCCACAAGUGCCAUCAGAUGGUAGAAGCACAACUCAUGUGUGA